UCGGGAUCGCCCUGAGCCGCCCUCCCCGGCUUCCUGGCGGGAAGGGGAGGACAGAAGGAGGCGGCCCCGCCACGGCGCGCGAAAGCUCUGCCGAAUUCUCUGUUACUGAGCGCACGCGCUGUCUCGAGCCCGCCUCCCCUCUUCUCACGUGACCCCUCCUCUCCUCUCCUCUCCCUCUCGGCUCCAUAUUGAAUUUGAAACUGAAGGAAACGAGUCUGGUCACAAAAUGGAGGUUAAAAGGAGCAACUGAGUUAGUGCAUCCUUCCAAAAUGUCUGGGAUCAAAGAGGAGAGAGAUAUUGAAGACUACAAGAGGAAAGGAAGAAGAUCUUCACAGGGCCAUGACCCAAAGGAGCCAGAACAGUUGAGAAAACUGUUCAUUGGAGGCCUGAGCUUUGAAACAACAGAUGAUAGCUUAAGAGAACAUUUUGAAAAAUGGGGCACGCUCACAGACUGUGUGGUGAUGAGAGACCCACAAACAAAACGUUCCAGAGGCUUUGGCUUUGUGACAUACUCUUGUGUGGAAGAGGUAGAUGCUGCAAUGAGUGCUCGACCACAUAAGGUUGAUGGACGUGUGGUCGAGCCCAAGAGAGCAGUUUCUAGAGAAGAUUCUGUAAAGCCUGGAGCACACUUAACAGUAAAGAAAAUAUUUGUUGGUGGAAUUAAAGAAGAUACAGAAGAGUAUAAUUUAAGAGACUACUUUGAAAAAUAUGGCAAGAUUGAAACCAUAGAAGUCAUGGAAGACAGGCAGAGUGGAAAGAAAAGAGGAUUUGCUUUUGUAACUUUUGAUGAUCAUGAUACAGUUGAUAAAAUUGUUGUUCAGAAAUAUCAUACUAUAAAUGGACAUAAUUGUGAAGUGAAAAAAGCACUUUCCAAGCAAGAGAUGCAGACUGCUAGCUCACAGAGAGGUCGCGGGGGUGGCUCAGGCAACUUCAUGGGUCGUGGAAGUUUUGGAGGAGGAGGAGGAGGUGGUGGUGGUGGAAAUUUCAGCCGAGGAGGAAACUUUGGUGGCAGAGGAGGCUAUGGUGGCGGUAGCGGUGGUGGUGGGAGAAGUGGAAGCUUUGGGAGUGGUGAUGGAUAUAAUGGAUUUGGCGAUGGUGGGAACUAUGGAGGUGGCCCUGGUUACAGUAGUAGAGGGGGUUACGGUGGUGGUGGUGGAGGAGGACCAGGAUACGGAAACCCAGGUGGUGGAUAUGGUGGCGGCGGCGGUGGUGGUGGAGGAGGAGGUGGUGGAUACGAUGGUUACAACGAAGGAGGAAAUUUUGGUGGCGGUAACUAUGGUGGCAGUGGAAACUAUAACGAUUUUGGCAAUUAUAGUGGACAACAGCAGUCAAACUAUGGACCCAUGAAAGGAGGUGGCAGUUUUGGUGGCAGAAGCUCAGGCAGUCCCUAUGGUGGUGGUUAUGGAUCUGGAGGUGGCAGUGGUGGCUAUGGUGGCCGAAGAUUCUAAACUGAACCAGAAAAAGGGUUGAAUGAGAAGCUGCAGUUUGACAAAAUGAGGAAUGUCUUGCAUAUCCUCUUCAGUUCAAAGGUUUCUGACUAGUUUCAUCAGACAAGGAGAUGAACGAAUUUUUUUAAAGAAAAGUUGGACAUAUGUUAUACCAGAAUAUAUGAAUUUCCAGGUUGAUUCCUGUACCUCUAAGAUAACUUUUUCCUGAACUCAGUGGUGCAAGUCUAUCCAUCAUAGAAGAAAAACGACCCUUCCAUAGAGGAUAAUGUCACAAGAUUUGAAAACAGAAAUUAAAUCUAUAAUUAAAAUGUCAGAUAAAGGCUUAAAGAAUAAUAGUUUAGUGAAACUUUACAGUUUGCAUUCAAACAAGUUUUAGAAAAGAACACCCAUAAAUGUUAACUAUAUAUAUCAAAAUAUUGUCGAUAAUGCAUUUCUCCUUUUCUGUACGAGAAUGAACUGUAAAUUGUCAUGACUUUUUAUUAAAAGUUCUUUUUUUGAGUA